CUUCAAGGCGCAGGUGAGACAGUUUCAUUGCACCCCGGAGACGAGCAGCCAUGCUGCGCUGUUUGUUUUUACCAUGGAACGUGUUAUUGGUAUUUUAUGCCGCUCUUUGCGCGUCCGUCAAUGCCGUCGAUGAAAAGGUCCUUUCGAAUGCGACUCCGAAAAGGAGAGGCUACUCCAAGGGAGAGUCGAUGCCUGUCAGUUGCUUGAACAGAACAAUUGACACUGGCGAACAUAUCACCGACAGCCACGGGAAUUUACAAUAUAUACCAUUUCCGACCUGUAACGAGACAGGACUACCGUUGUCCUUUCCCUAUAACACCCCGCAAACUCAGACCUGUACCAUCGAGUCCCUCCCCGACGAGCUCUAUCACCUGAUCGAGUUCUUUGUCCACAGCGAUGUCCCUCUGACCUGCCGAGUCCCGUCGUACCCCUUGUCGCAAGAAGAGCUGGCCAUAACUUCAUCGUUGCCCGAGGUCGGAGGGACGGGCGUGGAGAAGGACCUGUGGACUCCGUUCACGAUUGCCCUCCAAGGUGUUUUACAGCUGUCCCAUCUACACCUGCACACGAAUAUAAAUGUUCUCUUCCACAUGUCUCAAGAGCCGGAGACGGCCAAAGACGACGGACUCGAGUCACAUCUGAUAGCUUCGACCGCAUACUCGGUACCCAACAUCUCCGCGUCGGCGCCCGUGGAAGGGUCCAAGAUCGUUCGAUACGAGCCUGUGGUUCUUACCUUUAACGUCGGGUGGAUUGACGGCGCGGUCUUACCGGGAAUGGUUGGCCGACCGGUACUUGGAGUCAAGGACCAUCGAGUCGGGUUUUCCCUGUUGACUUUCUUUGCUUUGGCUGCGAGCGCCGGUGUCGGUGCCAUGGCUAUGCUGGUCCACGAAAGACGAAAGAGUGGGAGAAGUGGCAUGUAUGGAAAUGGCAUUCUUGGAGGAAAUGUGGGCAAUGGUGUGCCCAGAACUUCAGGAUACGGGGGUUACGGAGGUUACACCAGCAGUUUUGGCAAACGAGAUUAACGAUGGUAUGUACGUUUCAGAUCAUACGAUCGAAUGGAAAAUUUUAAAAUGUGUUACACUGCAUAUUGGUUGGGUGCGAUGGC